AUGACCCAAAGCACGCGACCAGAAGUCUGGAUCCGCCCCGCCAUCUUCACAGACGACAAAGAAAUUGUGGGGCAGCUAUUUCUUGCAUACGCACGCUCAUUGCCCAUCAGCCUCGACUUCCAAAAUUUCGAACACGAAUUGGCGGCUUUACCGGGGAAAUAUGCGAGCGAAAAGGGCGGUGCAGUGUGGUUGGCAUAUGCGACAAUAGAACAGGAGCCUGCCAACACCAGCAAAGGACAGAAAGAGCAAGCUAUAGGAUGCAUAGCUAUUCGACCAUUCUUCUCUACACCUACUAUAGCUGAGUCGGCAACUUUGCUGUCGAAUACAACGUCGCCUACAACUACAACAUGUGAGCUCAAGCGACUCUAUCUUACACCUACAUCUCGCGGUCUUGGCGUGUCCAAAUUACUGAUGGAUGUCGCGAUUUCGCAUGCGAGGAAACUGGGGUACAAAGAGAUGCUACUUGACACGCUGAGUAGUAUGGCGCCGGCGAGGAAGCUGUAUAAAGGGUAUGGAUUUGAGGAGAUUAGUAGCUACUACGAGAGUGUGGAGGAUGCCGUGUUUUAUCGGUUAGUGCUUUAA